AUGCGUGGCGCACGGCGGAUCCAGGAUCCAGGUGCUGAAGCAGUGCUUCACAUAGAUAUUCGUUUUGAUGAGGGCCAAAUCGUGAUGAACACGAUGGAGCAGCCUCUGAAAUGGGGCCGAGAAAACAGAGUAUGGAAUCCAUUCAAACGGGGUGAGGAUUUCCAUCUCAUUAUUCGAGCUGAUGGCGAUAAAUUCGACAUAUUGGCGAACCACAAAAAGAUUCAUGAAUACCCAAUGCGUCUUCCACUCAGAACAAUCCAAUACUUGACUGUGAUUGGUGAUGUUACAGUGGAAGGUGUGGGCUGGACUGGUCGUUCGCCCAUGACUCUUCCGAUCAGAACUAUGUUCGAAAAUGGUCAUCUGAAGAUUGCAUAUGAUGUUCGAUCAUUGCGAACUCAUGUAUCACUACGAAUAGCAAUUGAUCAUGAUCGUUCAGGAAGAAGCUUCAUCGUUUACGGUACGCCGAAAGGGAAUUUCGACGUUAACUUACUUGCAAGGAACGACGAUAUUCUGUUCCAUUUCAAAAUUGUGCGAAAUGCGCUAAUAGAUCGUAAUUGGGGAGAAGAGGAGCGUGGAAUUAUGUUCCCAUUUAGGAAGGGCGCUCUUUUCGAUCUUCAGUUCCUGAAUACACCUGAUUCUAUCCAGGUAUUCUUCGAUGGGGAACUUAUUUGCGAAUUCAAGCAUCGAACAAACAAUCCAGCCAGUGAUUACGCGGACCUUGGUAUUGUUGGUGAACUCGAUCUGAACGCAAUCGAAUUCAACAUAGAGUAA